GCACCACUAGCCCUCGGUGUAGCCCACAGCACCAUCGGCUUCACACACGGGGCCUCCCUAGCAAUCCACACAGUCAUGUCGUCACACAUCCGCGUAGCGCUGGUGACCGGGGCCAACAAGGGCAUUGGCUUCGCCACCGCGCGCAACCUGUGCCGGCAGUUCUUCGGGGAUGUGGUGCUCACGGCACGGGACGAGGCGCGGGGACGGGCGGCCAUGCAGCAGCUCCAGGGCGAGGGCGUGAGUCCGCGCUUCCACCUGCUGGACGUCGACGACCUGCAGAGCAUCCGCGCCCUGCGUGAUUUCCUGCGCAAGGAGUAUGGGGGCCUGGACGUGCUGGUCAACAACGCGGGCAUUGCCCUUGAUAGCAGAGUGGUCAAUGUGUCUAGCAUAAUGAGCUUAAUAGCUCUUAAGAACUGCAGCCCAGGAAUGCAGCAGAAGCUCAGAAGUGAGACUAUCACAGAGGAGGAGCUGGUGGGGUUCAUGAACAAGUUUGUGGAAGACACAAAGAACGGGGUACACACAAAGGAGGGCUGGCCUGAUAUGAGGGCAUUCACAUAUGGAGUGUCAAAGAUGGGUGUCAUGGUCCUGUCCAGAAUCCAUGCCAGGAAACUGAGUGAGCACAGGAGGGGAGACAGGAUCCUCCUGAAUGCCUGCUGCCCUGGGUGGGUGACAACAGACAUGGGUGGACCUACAGCCAUUAAAAGCCCAGAAGAAGGAGCAGAGACUCCCGUCUACUUGGCCCUUUUGCCCUCGGAUGCUAAGGGACCUCACGGGGAGUUUGUAAUAGAGAAGAAAGUUGAACAAUGGGGACCCCCCUUUCAGUUCCCUCCAUGGUUCCCAUUAUGAUACUUCCAUGAUUUGACCAUGAGAUUACACUAUCAGCAAUGUCCUUGUCAAAGAAAAGAAAGAAAGAACCUUUAUUUGUAUCAAGUACUCACCUUGAAUUAGCUACUAUUUCUGUGAAGUCUUCUGUGAUAUAUGAGAAGGAAAAGUGGACUUAAUGACAAUAGUGAAUGAACAUCAUAGAUGAAUAAAGAGUUAUAAGUAAA